AUGAUUCAAGAUAUCAUCCAUCGACGUGGGGCUCCGCCGACUGUGGAGUACACGGCGAGCGCAACGUGUAAUCUGAAUAGGCGAAGUGAACUCGGCGGAAGUCGCCACGGCACCAACAAAAACGUCAACGAAGAAGACUAUGAAGACGAGGAGGUCGACGAGGAUGACGACGAGGUCGAGCGUGGAGGCGAACCGUGCAAUGAUGACUUCUUGCUUGGUCGAGUUGAUUUAACUCGGGCGCCGGAAGAAAUGGACGUGGAGUUUGGACGACGGAGAGUCAGCCGAAAGUCGACCGGAGUUUAUGAGGAGUCGCUCUACGAAGAUGUGGAAGAGGAUAGGAUCAGCCAGGGUUGCGCAAGAGUCAGCAAUGUUGCAGACAUUCGUCUAAUCGGCAACGGCAACGGCAAUUCUGGCCAGGUGGAUGCCGUGGCUGCAGCUGGAGAGCGUACCCGUAGACUGAUCGAGGCUCUCGACUCGCUUCGACGCUCCGUCGACAUGAAGACUUCUCAGAUGGAGAUCACCAGGCGAAUAAGGAGCAAAAGUGGAGGUGGCAACGUGGAUGAAUCCGAGCGAAUGACUGGACUGGUUACAGGGCGAAGGUCUGUCGAGUUUUGGCGCAAGGAUGACCAAAGGUCAGAAGAUUUUCGCUAUCCGAAUAGAGUUAUACGUGAAUCUCCGUCUAGGCAAGAUGGAGUCCAGAUUUCAGGUUCUCGAGUAAGUGGGUGCAAACUGAAGGAGGGGCACCAGGUCCUCCUUCCUAUCCUUUUUCUCCAUUUUCUCCUUUCCCUUUGA